AUGACAAAAAAAGUUUUAAUGCUGCAUGGUUUAGGCCAAACGGGUGAAUAUUUCGCCUCAAAGACGAAGUUCUUUCGUGCUGAGUUAGAGAAAAUUGGCUAUGAACUACAAUUUGCUACUGCACCAAACAGGUAUCCGGUAGCAGAUUUACCAAGUGACUUAACAACAGGUAUUCCUUCAUCAUCUGCCGACGUUCCUACGUGGAUAAAAACUGACACAGUGAAUGACACCUAUUCGCUGCCAAAGAGUACUAUUGAUUACCUACAUGAUUUUAUAAUAGAACACGGGCCUUUUGAAGGCUUUGUAGGAUUCAGUCAGGGAGCUGCAGUUACUGGGUACCUAAUGACAGAUAUCAAUUCUUUAUUGGGAUUGUCAUUAGAUGAACAACCAUGUCCUAAAUUUUUUAUGGUUUUUAGUGGGUUCAGAUUCAAGCCUGCUGCGUACCAAUCACAAUAUGAUAAUCACCCAAUCUCAAUUCCAUCACUACAUGUAAAGGGAGAACUUGAUACCAUAACGGGGCCUGAAAAGGUCGAGGGUUUAUUCAAUUCUUGUACAAAUGACAGCAAAACCAUGCUAACUCAUCCGGGAGGUCAUUUCAUUCCCAGUUCCAAAUCAUUUUUGAAAAAAAUUGUGACCUGGUUAGAUAACUUAGAUGCUUAG